AUGGACAACUCCCAGCACCACCACCAUCACCAGCAGGAUGACCCUAUCCACCUCGCCAACCUCGUCUCCACAGAGCAAGGAAUCAACCCUACCACCACCACCAACAACAACAACAACAACAACAACAACAGCAACAACAAGAUCCAGGCUAUCGAUUCAUAUUCCAGCGAAAAAAACCUCGACCUCAACAACGACAGACAGGUCCUCCAACCACAACCUCAACAACAGCAGCAACAGGAACAGCGACAACAGCGCCCUAUCCAACCCUCUCUCGAAACCACCAACUCCAGCCAUGAUGCUCUCGACAUGACCAUGAACGAAAAGGAUCCCCAUUUAACUACUAUCCAGCCCCCUGCUGUAGUCGCUGCUCCAAGGAUGAAACUCGCCAAUUUUGUUGACAAGGUCCGUGUGCACCAGAUCCUGCAAAAGUCACAGCCUGAACCUUUGGCAUCUGGAGGAGAAGGAAGAGGUGGCAAUGCCAACACGCUCAGCCCACUGUCGACUAAUACUCUUGACUCUCCCGAAUCAGGACACGGCUCAGCGCUGGAGGCCGAUGGCGUCUCGACGACUCGAAGACCUUCCUCGGUCAUCCACAGUGUCAUCGAUAGCCCAGAGACACACGAUCACGAUAGCCACCGCCACCACCACCACUCCAGGCAGUUGCAUGACGCAGGAGAGGAAGGUGAAGGUAGUCAUCGCAUGCAGCACCACUUCCCCAAGAUCUUCAGCAAGGAAGGCAUCAAGAGUGCCCUCUUCAUGAACAGCGCUGCUACGGCCUUCCAUAAGAACCGCAAAAAGGAGGUGAAUGCUAUGUAUUUGCCUGUAGCUGCCCUGGCAAUUACUGGUUCGGCUAUUCCUGCACUUUGGAUGCGGAGGGACGACAAGGGGCGUCGACCGCCUGCGGUCCUCUUCCAGAUGCUCAGUAUUACCGUGACGGAUUCGGAGAUUGAUCUUGGUGUGAGCAAGCAAAUCAUCUUCCGCCUGGAGAUGCAGUACGGCGAUGUGAAGUGGGUCAUUCGCAGGACCCUGUACGAGUUCUACAAGCUGCACCUCAUCCUCUCCGCCAAGCGCUUCGACAACCUUCCAAAGUUCCCCAGUCAGGUCUCCUAUGCAUUCUCGAUGGCGAAAGCAAGUCUGGGAAUGAGAGCAGAGGAAAAGGUCAACUUCGUCCGGCAAAGUAACUUGGCUCGUCGUCAGGCUCUUCAGGAUUAUAUCAUCCUGGUCCUGCAAUCACUGAACUGGACUACUGCUUACGACCUCUACGAGUUUUUGGAGAUCUCGGCUCUGUCACUGACCAAGGACAUGGGGUGGAAGGGCAAGGAGUCCUAUGUCGACACCAAGGUCACCGACAACAUCCAUGGCAUGUGUGGCUUUGGCUGCAUCAAGCGUUGGAACAAAAACUGGGCUCUCAUCCGCGACUCCUACCUUGCCUUCUGCCCAACCGUUGGAUCGGAGGAGCCGUCGGACGUGUUCAUUUUCGACCAGACCUUCUAUGUUCAGCACAAGGAGCAUCACCUUAGUUUGAACAUGCACCACAUCGAGAUCGGAAACAGUCACCGGAAGAUCGAGAUCAAGGGCGACAACAACCGCGAGAUGCUUGAGUGGAUGGACAACUUUACCAAGAUGAAGCAAUCUAGCCCCUGGGUGAACUCUCAUCGCUUCGGAAGCUUUGCUCCUCAGCGAAGCGACGCCAAGGUCCGGUAUUAUGUCGAUGGCAAGGACUAUUUCCACGCCGUGUCCGAUGCCAUCCUCGCUGCCAAGACCGAGAUUUAUAUUUGCGACUGGUGGCUCUCACCCGAGCUGUACCUCCGUCGUCCCCCAGAGAAGAACGAAGAGUUCCGUUUGGACCGACUUCUCAAGAAGAAGGCCAUGGAGGGUGUCAUGAUCUACAUUGUCGUCUACAAGGAGAUCUCCCUCGCUCUCACCCUCGACUCUGCCCACACUAAGAUCUGGCUCCAGGAUCUCCAUCCUAACAUCCAAGUCCAACGCCACCCAGAUCACAUUAGUGUCACCGCCACCCAGUUCUGGGCUCACCACGAGAAAAUCUGCGUGGUUGAUUGUCGAUUGGCGUUUAUCGGAGGACUGGAUCUGUGCUUUGGACGCUAUGACAGCAGAACACAUCAAUUGGCUGAUUACCAUCCCUCAGGACGCGGCACCGUCUGGCCCGGUCAGGACUACUCCAACCCUCGCAUCAAGGACUUUGCCAAUGUGCGCGAUUACAACAACAACCUGAUUGAGCGCAAGUUGUUGGCUCGCAUGCCUUGGCACGAUGUCUCUGUCGGAGUCGCAGGACAGCCAGCUCGUGACAUUGCUCGUCACUUUGUGCAGCGAUGGAACUUUGUCAAGCUCGAGAAGGGCAUGAAGAAGAGCCACAUGAAGUUCUUGAUGCCCAAGGGAGAGUUUGUGAGCACGCGCAAUGAGUCGGGCUGGACUGGUACUCAAAAUGUUCAGAUUUUGCGAAGCAGUACCCUCUGGUCGCAGGGUGUCGAUUUGGAGCGAUCCAUCCAGGAUGCCUACUUGGGUGCCAUCCAGAGUGCUGAGCAUUUCAUUUAUAUUGAGAACCAGUUCUUUGUGACACUGGCGGCAGAGAACGGACAUCCUGACCUCAAGAACAAGAUUGGUAUUGCCCUCGUCGAGCGUAUCACCAGAGCACACGCAGAUGGCAAGAAAUUCCGUGUCAUUGUUGUGAUGCCCUUGAUGCCUGCAUUUGAGGCCGAUAUCAUGUCGAGCGAGGCCGGUACACUUCGGAAGGUCAUGCACUUCCAGUACGUCUCGAUCUCCCGUGGGGGAAACUCAGUGCUGGAGCGGCUCAUCGCCAACGGCAUUGACCCCGACCAGUACAUUGGAUUCUAUGGUCUUCGUAGUUUUGACCGUAUUAAGCACGGAAAGUUCGAUGCCAUUGUUGAGGCUGUUCGUGAGGCUGAGGAGCGCCGAAAGGGCAGCCCAUCCAGUAGUCAAUCCCAAGCGUCCAUGUCUCAGGAGCGACUCUCUGAGACCGACCUCAAUCAGCCUCAGGAAAAGGCCCAGGCCCCCCGGAAGACUGGUGGAAACAAGGUCAAGUCUCUGGCUUCGAUGUUUUUACUGGAGCCUAUUCCCCGUGGUGAAGAAGCUGCUAGGAUUGAGGCCAUUGCAAACGAGCGCAAAGAGUUGGAUAUGAAGACGACCUGGGACGACAGUAUUACCAAGCGCGCUAUGAACCCCGCUGUGCGCGAACAUGGGUACAUUCCAGCUGCCACCGAGAACUCUUUGGCUGAUGCUCAGAUCAAUGCGGCCAUCCAAAGAGAUAUACACGAGGCCGAGAUGGCGGCUAACACGAACGUCAACUCCGGAAACACCAACCCACAGAUCUUGGAAGAAUUCGGCACUAUGGUGCGAAACACAGUGGAGAAAGUGAAGGGUACAAAGGAUGAGGGAAACCUGCCGCCCAGACACCACAAGAUCACAAGGAAUUCUCACCUUCGUCGCCACCGGCAUCGACACGACGACGAUGAGGACUCUGUUGACAUAGAGGAGAGACAGGGACGCGGGUCGAUGUUGAGUCCAAAGUGGGGAGGCGACAAGGAUAGGCAAUCACAAAUGGACGAUAGGCAAUCACAAAUGGACGAUGCCGAGUCGAUUGUCGAGCCUUCGCCGGGUGGUUCCCGACCUGAUCAACGAGAGGAAGACGGACCUGAGGCUGGAGAGGAGACUGAACAGGAGCCUGACCGCCCCAUUGUCGAUAACGAAGUUGAGGACUUUGUGACCGAACAGCUGUACAUUCACAGCAAGUUGAUGAUCGUGGACGACCGCAUCGUCAUCUGUGGUUCAGCCAACAUCAACGACCGCUCGCAGGUCGGAUUCCGUGACUCUGAGAUUGCCAUCAUUAUCGAGGAUACCGACAUGGUUGCCUCUCGCAUGAACGGCGAGCCUUAUCAAGCAGGAAAGUUGGCUCAUGCCCUUCGAACGGACCUGUUCAAGGAGCACUUGGGAUUGCUGCAUCACGUUGACCACGAUGUGGUGACCAAGGCUAGUGUCUUGCCCGUCGACUUGGAUGCACCCCACAAGGAUCCCGAGCAAGAGCGUCUUGAAUUGAUCCGCAAGGCCAACGAACAGGAACAGCAGCAACAACAACAGGGGUCCGAUGGAAUCCUGCAAGUCCCUGCUGUCAGCAGCGGACAGGUCUCCAAUAAGAACCCACAUCCGCUUCAGCAGCACCACGGCGGUAUGGGAUAUGUGCAGACGUACACUCCCAACGUGGAUGAGACCAAGGCGAUGGAGGAGUGGCUUGCACCCAACCCUGAUGACGCCCAAGGAGACGCCAAGAAGGCUACCGCCAAGGACCCCGAAGCCGCCAACCAGAUUGUCAUGGACCCACUUCACGAUAGUUUCUAUGAGGGAUGGUGGAGACCUGUAGCCAAGACCAACACAGAGAUCUUCCGAGAGGUGUUCCGCUGUGUGCCCGACGAUUCUGUCGAGACCUGGGAUGAUUACCGCGCGUUCGUACCGAACCCCAAGAAGGUCCUUCAGGGACACGUAGCGAUGGAGGGAGCCACGGUCGAGCUGGUGACGGAGCGCUUGCAGAGGGUGACGGGUCACUUGGUCGAGUUCCCGACACGGUUCUUGAGCAAGGAGAACCUGAUGGGUGGAGCUGUAGAAGGAGCCGUUGUUCCUAUGGAGAUCUUUACGUAA